GUGGGCGGCCCCGUGUGGCAGGAGGAGAGCGAAACACGACACCCCGACCGAGGAAGGGGGGUUGAGAGAACACGAAGUGACUGAGUGAGUGGAAAAAGAAAAAGUGUGAGCAGGAGAAAGAGGGGGACAGAAAAAGAACCGAAUUGGCUUCGGUACUUUUACUCCUUCCUGAAGCGCCGCUGUAGUCGGGAUGGUGAUGUGGAGGAGGGCUCGACCAUGCGACAUCGUUGCAACAAACGGGAUGAAAAUUUAAACUAGUCGCAUUCCGUUGCUCCAGCACCUACCAACGGCAGCACGACUCCUCCAAACUUUGACCUACGCCAUUCAGACCCGGACGACUGGAUUUCCCCCUCAGAGAUUUCGGGGCAACUCUCUAAAGCCCCCCGUACUGACAAAUUAACUCUCCGUAGCAAAAGUUUUUGAACACGCUUCGAUCUUUUUUUCUUUUCUUUUUUUAAACCGAAUAGAAGCAUAAGUCAAUUCGAAGUUAAGUACUGCUUUUCAACACACAAACCAAGCUCUUUAUCGGACAGGUUCUUUCCAGCAAGCCGCUUGUGAGAACAACACCGGAGGAAGGAGUGGGGUGCCACUGCUAACUUGGCUAAAAGCUAGCUAACUAACGUCUAAAGUUACCAGUCGACGGGAAAAGUGACCGAAGCCGCUCGCCGAAGACGACAACAAAGAUGAAAACCCCGGUAGACACGGGGUUCGCCUUCCCAGAGUGGGCCUACAAGCCAGAGUCGAGCCCAGGCUCCAGGCAGAUCCAGCUGUGGCAUUUCAUCCUGGAACUGCUGAGGAAAGAGGAGUACCACGAUGUCAUAGCCUGGCAGGGAGACUACGGAGAGUUUGUCAUCAAGGACCCGGAUGAGGUGGCCCGCUUGUGGGGAGCCAGGAAGUGCAAACCACAGAUGAACUAUGACAAACUUAGCCGAGCACUAAGAUACUACUACAACAAGAGGAUCCUCCACAAGACCAAAGGGAAGCGGUUCACCUACAAGUUCAACUUCAACAAGCUAGUGCUCGUCAAUUACCCCUUCAUCGACAUGGGAUCAGGUCGAGGGGUCCCCCAGAGUGCCCCUCCGGUUCCGACUGGAGGAACCCACUUCCGUUUCCCCCCCUCCACACCGUCUGAGGUCCUCUCAUCCAGCGAGGAGCUGCGCAGCCCGGGGAUGUUCAGUAGCGUGGCCCGCCGCAUGGCCCGCGGCUCCGUGAGCGACUGCAGCGACGGCACCUCCACCAACUCAGAGCUGGAGGAGGCGGUGGGUGCUGAGGAGAGAGCCUUGGGGCCCGAGCGGGCUUUCAGAGGUCUGCUUCCCCCCCGUAUGGCUCAUGAUUCUCUAUUCAGGGUCUACGGAGGGGGCCCAAACCCAGCUGGGCUCCCCAGAUCUGCACCUAGGGUCCACCCAGAGCCUCUGUCCCCCUUCCCUGUUUCCCCUCUGCCUGGUCCUGGAGGUCUGCUAGCUCCGACUCUGUCCCCAGCCUUGUCCAUGACUCCCACCCCCCACCUGCCCUACACUCCUUCACCCUCUCUGCCUUCUCCCAUGAGCUCCCAUUUCUCCUUCAACCCAGAGGAUAUGAAGCACUACCUGCAGGCCCACACCCAGUCCGUCUACAACUACCACCUCAGCCCCCGAGCCUUCCUCCACUAUCCUAACAUAGUCAUCCCUCAGCCUCACCGCCCCACUCCAGAGAAACCAGCCGCCCAUCACCUCCACGCGCCCCCCAUGUCCCUCUCUCACCCCCUCAGCCAGCAUCCGGGAGGCGGAGACGAAGGCCACCAGCACCCGUCACCGUUCAAGUUCAAGCUGCAGCCGCCUCCACUCGGGCGCAAGCAGCGUGAAGCAGGAAGCUUGCUGGCGGCCACUUCAUCCUCCUCUUCCUCCAUCCAGUCCACCGCAUUCACUGGUUCUGGUCCGAUAACAAGCUCCGCCCUGUCAGGAGGGCCUCCGAAGAUUAAGGUGGAGCCUAUAUCAGACUUGUCAGAGGAAGACGUGGAGGUAACGGACAUCAGUGAGGAAGAUGAGCUGAAUCACAAUGAUGAUGAUGAUGAUGAAAGUGACAUCUUCGCCUCGGCAGCUCACCGCCAUCACCAGGCCAACGGAAGGAGCAGGAGCCCCUCUGCUCCUCAUGCUCCUCACAUCAACCCAGAUGACGACGACGACGAAGAGGUCUUUAAAACUCCCGCCACGCCUCCUCUCAGCGGCGGCCCGGCCUUCCCUCUGAUCAGCCUGAAGAGCGAGCCGGGCACAGUGGCAGCGGCGGCGGCUCCCAUCAGCCCCGGAGGCACGCGAUGCAUCCCGCUCAAGCUUCGUUUCAAACGCCGCUGGAGCGAAGACCAGAGGAUGGAGGCAGACGGAGAAAGGGAGGAGGCAGAGGACAAGAAAGUGAGGGCUGAGGGAGAGGAGGAGGAGGCGGGAAGAAGAGGGAGCGAGGUGGAGAAUGGAAGAGGAGGAAGAGGAGGGGGUGUUAUCCUGGGGCUGAUGCUGCCGCCGGCUCCGACCCAACGCAGGGCGAGCUCGGAGCUGCAGAUCGCAACGGCCCAGCUGUCUCUGGAAAACACCAGCUGCUGAGUCACACAACGGCCCAGAUCCUGACGGAUCUAUCCAGCGCUAGUACACGUAGCAGGCUCGGCACAAAAGCUGAAAGCGCGAUCCGUUUUGUUCUCUUUGAACAUGGAUUUAUAUCAUAUGCAGGAAACUACUUCUUUGUGCAAUAAUUAAAGGAGCUUUUGGCCCUUAAAUUACUCAACAGAACAAAAUAUUUUCCUUCAAGUGACAUAUCUGCAUGUUCACUGCAGAGCAAAGAACAAAAAAAGAUGGCGGACGCCUUUCAGCUUUUGUUGCCACAUCGUGGUCAGUACAGUCAGCAGGUGGCUGCUUGGUGUUAAAACCAUGAGCGUAGACAUGUGGCCUCUAAUGUACAGUAAGGAAACACCUUUGUGCCCCAGCAGCUCGUAUUCCUGCUGCCACUUUAACACUAAGAGGCUGGACAGACUGAAGCCCCGUUUAUGAGAUUACAGAGCGCCUCGUGUCUUCGUAGUGCCAGUUUUGCCCACAUCAUGAGAGAUUUCAGACUAAUGUACGAAGUAGAUGGCGAGGCCUUGUUUUUAUUUCCCCGUUUCUUCUGUUUCCUACUUGUUUGUACUCACCGGGAAAGACGGACGGAUCCUGACGUUACUGAAGACUUUUAACAGCCCUGAUAGAGAUUAUAGAAGUGCCUCUCUGUCUGCACCCAUCACCACGUAGAUGUUUACAAGAUGGCGGGCAGCGAGUUUAAAAACAAGACGUGUAACUGUGGAGGAUGUUACGCUCCGAAGAGGGAUUUUUAUUUUAACUCAUGUAUAGAGAAGGAAAAAAGAAAGUUGUUUUUUUUUUUUGUUGUUGUUGUUUUUUUUUCUGGGAAACAACUUGGACACUAAGAGGCCAGACGGAGCUUCCUCCUCAUCCUCACCUCCUUCACUACAGUGUAUAAAGACUUGAAACGAGGAUGACAAACCGAAGAUGGAUGACCCGAAUCGUGGGUGGCAUUUUAUUAACAUUUGUUAGCCAGCAAGUGAACUUGACUGUCCUGUACAGCAGAACCAGGAAAAUAUCUGAGGAAGCCCCCACUCCCCUCUCCUCUUACUCCCCGCCAUCUUUUCCUUUCUCCUCACAUGUCGUAGAAAUGAGGAAGCAGCUCCCAGCAAAGCCUGUAAUUACCCACACGCUUAUUUGCAAGGGGAGGGGAGUGCGUGGAGCCAACAGGCCUCGAGGAAACGGAGGCCGCCUCGGCUUUUCUGUGACUUAGCACAAUCUUUGUGGGAGGGGGGAGAUUUAAAGGUUUGAGGGCAUUUGUAGUGUUUUUACCCUCAAACACAAAGAUCAACAGCUCUCAUCUCUGCAUUCCCCUGUUUCAUUUUUCAUGAAAAGACUCUUUUCUUUCUAUUAAAGGACAUUUUUGCCUCUUGAAGACAGUAUUUUAGGGCAUUUGCAGUGAUCUGAGGGCCGCUUGUGUUUUGCAUAAAAUAACCAAAAUCUGUGAUCAUGUGAUGUUUUGAGAAGCGACGAUCAAAGCGAACCCAUUUGUUUAGGGGAGAACGGGAACCAUGAAAUUAUCCUAACUCAGGCAAACCUUCAUUGACAUUUAAAAAAAAAGUUAUUUUUAUGACAUUUUAUUGAUGAACUUUAAAAAAAAUACAAAAUUGUGCCCGUUUUCAUUGAACAUCUCUAAAUAAGAUUGUGCCUUUUUAUCAAGUACCCCCAGCUAAAUGUAUUAACACACACACACACAAUGCCUUCUGCUUUUGUAAAAGAGACAAAGCAAAUCUACACAUAUAUAUAUUUUAUUCAAAUAUAUAUUGAAUUCAAAUAUUAUAUUUCAAUACGGUCAUUUGAUACAGAUCAGGAAAAGCCUAUUUUUAAUGGUAAAGAUGUGUAUAUAUUCUAAUGGGCAUAUUAUUACCAGUAUAAUUCAGCCUCUGCCUUCUCACUCUUGCCUUCUCUCGACCGUCGAGCUGCGUUGAUGAAGGCGCCGGUGUCAGAGUUUUAUAUUUAUAUUGUAAGAAUAAGUGAUGGAUAAACGAGCGAGAGUUGGGUCGAACCGUAUUUACCUUCUUCUCUGGCGUGUUUGUUUUAAUGUCCGUGCAGUGGCAGCUGAGCCGGGUGGAGUUAAAUCACUUCGUCCUGCUUCAUGCACGCCACCCGCCUCCAAUCUAAACUCCUAAAUUGUUUGCAGCCGCCUUUUAACUCAGAUGUGAAGGUUGCAGGUUGAAGUUGGCCGGCGAGUUCUGAUAUGGUUGGACUUUGGUUUGAACGUGAACAGCGUGUGUUUAUGUGUGUGCAGGGUUCACACGCAUCCAUGGACACGCUGUCCUGGUUAAAGGGAGGCUUUACUGUGGCUACGAUGAAGGGAAACCUGACAUCAGACUCCAUCUCUGGAGUAGAUGCCUAACCAAAGAAACUACACACACAUCAAGGAAACGGCAUCACCAAACCUCAGAGCGACCGGGGACUUCCCGUCAUCUGAUUCCAGUCAGGGUGUGUGUGUAUUCUCUGGUUAGGCCUUCUACACAACCUGCUCACAACCUUUUUCAGUCACAUGUAUCUCGUCCAGUUUCUCCAACAAGCUUAUUUUCAUUCAUUUUUCUUCACCAGACACAAAGUCUUACACAUCUGUCCUCCUGAUUGGCUCCUCACAAACUGAGGAUUUGAUCUUUAUUAUUAUUUUUUAGGGCAGAUGAAGCCAUUCGUGUUAUCUUGUGAAGGAGAAUGAGCCCACCUGAGCUGUUAAACCUGUGCUGCCUUACCCAUCGUGGCUUCAAACGAAACAGGAAAAAUGUUUCCUGGCCGCUUUCGUCAGAGCCGUUCCUUCUGUUUUUUCCAGACAUAUUACUUUUACUCUUAUAAUUAUUAUAUUAUUAACAUGACUUUUGUUUAAUUAUUAUGUUGUACCUCUUGCCAAGGCCCGGCCUUUUCUCCAUUAAUUCCUAGAUAUCUGUGAGUUCUUGUUCCAGUUUGCACUCUUUCACAUGAACUCGUCAGCUUUGGUGCAGUCUCUUUAUUUUUCUUUUCUUUUUCUUUUUGUACUUUCACUGAUUUUAUAAUCGUUUCUGCGGACAAGAGGAGGGUUACAUAGUACUCACAUGAUAUACAGCGGGGAAAGAAACAGUUGUUUUAAUUUUUUUAAGUUUGUGUAUAUAUUUUUUCCAUUAUGGAGGAUUCUGUAAGAAAAAGAAGAGCCUUGUACUUUUGAACAGUUGCAUUAUUUGACAUGUGUCCCCGUCUGUCAUGUCGUCUCUUUUCUCCUCCACCUCAGUGGUGAGUUUUAACUCCAGAGGAGAGACCAAGAGGUUUUAUCAUGCUUUUGUUUACCUUCUACUUCUGUUCAGCUUCAUUUGUAAUUAAACAAUAAUCAGGGUUCAUUAAAAAAAGGUGAAAAUGG